CCAUUUUCCACCAUUCAAUCUCAAAUUCACUCAUGUGAAGUUGUUUCCUUCUUCUCUACUGGGUAUUGAAGAUGGUUUUAGGCUAAUGUUGAAGCAGUGAGAAAGUGGAAAAGACAACAAUGUUGAAGCAAACAUCCAGUUUUAGGAAUCAAAAAGGAAGAGGGUAUCAUUCCAAAGUGAAGUUAUCUCUUAAGAUAUGUCUGCUGGUUGCCAUUUGCAUAUGGUUAGUCUACCAAGCUACUCAAUUCAGCAAUCAGAAAGCGGCUUUGGUUGGGAGUAGCUUCAAGAAAGAAGUGGUUCAUCCUCAAGCUGAAAAUGGUUACAAAAUGUUGAAGUUGGGGAGAAAAAAUCUGGACCCUCGAUCAAACAAGGUAGCAACAUCGGAUUCUCAGAAACUCCAGGAUGAUGAUCGGGAGACAGAAACAUCGGUGGAUGGCGAAAUUGGAGCUGGAAAUGAUGAUGGGAGUUUAGGGAAUCAGGAAAAGGCUGAAGAAGGUGAACAUGAGCAAUUGGAGGACUUAAUAGAUGUUGACGACAGCGAGGAUUAGAUUAUGAUUAAUUGGCAGAAAAACCAAAAGGGUUUUAAGUAAAGCAGUAGAAACUAAUGUACAGUUGCUUAGAAUAUCACCAUAAGAAUGACAAAAUUGGUAAUAGACUAUGAUUAAGGUGGUGUCAGAUUUUCAACCAUAUUAAGAACAUGAGGAAGAAUGGGUAGUUCUGGUCGUUCUGGAUUGUGUGAUAGUGAAUGAAUAUGUCAAGAAUUUGCUUUAUUUACAGAGUGUCUGAAAGAUAAUUAUAAAAUUCUGCAAUGAUAAGAUUAUAUCUGAGUUGCAAUUGAUGACAAAAGUCUGAAUGUCUGCAAUCUGCAUGCGUCUUCAAAAGGAAUAAAUGCUAAAGAAAAAUUUUCGGGUAGCUGUUCACACUGAAACCCUCUUUCGUUUCUUU